AUGGGCGAUCUAAGACGAAGGCCUUUGGGUGCCCAGGGAGAGAAGAAGGUGGUUAACGGCUAUAAACUAGUAGCACCAAUUGGAGAAGGUACUUUUGGGAAAGUCUUUUUGGCCGUUUGCCCUAAUGGAAAACAGUCGGUGGCUCUGAAAAGAAUAGUGCUUAAAGAUGAAGCUAAUGGCCUACCCUUAUCUUUACUACGCGAAAUAUCCAUUCUGCGACAACUUUCGCAUCGAUACAUUAUCAAAAUACUUGACGUGUUUAUUGAAGACGAAGCUAAGGUUCUGCUAUUGGCCAAAACUUCCUUUGUGCUUUAUAUCGCCUUUGCUUACGCGAAAACCGACUUGCUUUCCUUGAUCAAUAAGAAAGAAGUGAAGUUUCCGCAUGCUUUGCAGUUCACUGGUGAACUACUUAGUGCCUUAGCUUACUUACAGGCUAAGAAUGUGGUCCAUCGGGAUAUUAAACCCGCUAACAUUCUGGUAAGUGAGGCGAAUGAACUGUGGCUGGCUGAUUUUGGGCUAGCCAGGGAAGUAUCCAGGGGAAAUAUGACUCCUGGAGUGGUCACUCGCUGGUAUAGAGCCCCCGAGCUGCUUUUAAACGGGUCAAUCUAUGGCCCGGGUGUUGAUGUCUGGGCAGCUGGCUGUGUUAUUGCCGAAAUGCUUACUGGCUCUCCUUUGUUCUAUAGUGACUCCGAAACAGAGCAAUUGCUACAAAUUGCCGAACUCUGCGGUGAUUUAACGCCUGAGAUGUUCAAAGCGAACCAAAUAGACGAGCUAGGCCUACAAAUGCUUAGUCUACCGGUCCAAUCGGGACAAUCUUCCUAUGUUCAAAACUACUUUGCUGAGUAUUCCUACCACAUAUCCAUUCUGCUUAGUAAAAUGCUUCAAGCCAAUCCUAAGUAUCGAAUAACGGCCUCCGAAGCUUUGGCAUACUUUGAGCAGUUCCUACAGUAA